CUGCGUUCUGACCUAUUACCAUGUGAGGCGCAAAUAAUAUUGGCUAAAGAGUUAGCACAUAUCUGCUGCCCCCUCUGUCCCCGAGCCCCUUAGCGUCUCUCUCACCCUGUAUCUACUCUCCGUCAAUCCCAUUCCCCAUAGACUCCCUUCUGCUAUGCAAAGAGACCAGCCACGCUGAAACUUCCACCUAUUUUCUAAGCCCCACCACGCCAAUGAUUUAGCAAAAAAAUAAUGUUCAACCUUGUUGGAUUAUAUGGCGGACGCGCACGGGCAACAACAAUUUGACAAGUGGUGUUUAAAAAGGAUUUAAAAGAAAGACGACAACAACAACAAGAUCAAAGACAAACCUGGCUACACUUCCCUGAUCUGUGGAGCUUCAGCUGAAGUCACCUUCAUCUCACCAUGGCUGAGGAUGAACCACAAGGUGCAGAAGUGGAGUCUAUACACCAACCCUCUGCCCAGGGCAAUGGCUUCCUGAGAAACCUCAGCAGGCCAGUCCAGUUGGUCAUCAUCAUUGCCCUGGUCCUGUCCUGGUCUGCUGCUGGCCUGUAUCUGUUUGACUUUGUUGAUGACAACCAAAUAGCCGCUUUUCAAGAAGUAAGCACGAAUCCCCUGGCUGCAGCCAACAUGGCUGCAGAGGGGAUCAGUUACAGUACAGGCAAGCUGGCAGCCCAGGUGUCUGACGCUGUGUACAACGCUCCAGAGAAUAUACGAAACUUGGAAUUCCUAAAGUCUGGUGGUCUACUGAUGGAGGGCCUACGAGAGGGCAUGAAGGGGGCUGUGGUCACCGUUUUUGACAUCUUUGAAGAUACAAUACAUGCAGUGACAUACUAUCCAGACAAGAUAUUAACUGAAACAGCGCAUGCAAUCAAAUACGUGACAAGCAUGGCACCUAAAGAGAGCCCUCUCAGCCUGGCUACUCUGCAGUCCGGUGGCGCAGUAAUGGAGGCCACACGAGAUGGAAUGAAGACCGCCGUUGUCUUCUGCUUUGACAUCUUCGAAGGAACACUCAAUGCUGUGACCUACUAUCCUGAGAAGAUUUUGAGUGGAGCAGUCCAUGGGAUCAAAUAUGUAGGGAGUGUGGCUUAUGUGCCAAGCAUCCUUGCCGCCCCUAAAGAGUGGGUAUCAUAUCCAAUGGAUGCCAUCACAUACGCAACUGAAGGAAUCACAAACUUGAACAAAAAUGUCUUUGGCUCCGUGUCAAAUAUGUUCAAGGGCAGUGAGGACGGUGAAGAAGUAAGCUUUGAUCCCAUGAAAGUUGUGAGUGAUGCAGUCGAGGAGAUCACCGAUAGGAGGAACACCUUUUUGUCAUAUCUGUCCAACGUACUGAUGCAGGACGAAGAUGAGACACCACCAAUGACAAGGAGGAAAGGGGAAUUUUUGCCUCCAAUGGAAAAAGUUGAGGAGGCCUCUAUCCCGGACCAAGCUGACGAUGAUGAAAACAACAAUAACAACGAAGUCAGGAGGGGCAGAAGUACGCACCUGAGACGCUACAGACUUCACUAUGACACUGAGGAGACAAGCCAAGGCUUUAAAAAAGUUCUUGAACAAGAAAAGCUAUCCAAGCAACAGAAGACAAGAGAAGAAGUAUACAAAGUUAUUCAAGAGCUGAGAGCCUCCAAGGCAGAAAAACAGGCAGUGAUGUUAAAACUUGAAGCCAGGCAGGAGGAGAAGAAGGACAAAGAAGAGGAGACUGUAAAGGAGGUAGCAGAUGAACCAGAACAGGCUGAAGUGACUGAAGACAAAGAUGAUGGAGUGACUCCUGUUACCAGCAAACGCUGGAAAAAAGUGGAGUCUUUACAAGAGCUGAAGCCUGAAGAGGAGACUGUCACUGCUAAGAAAGAGGCCGAAAAGGAGGCAGAAGCCGAACAAGAAAAGGCUGAAGUGACUGAAGACAAAGAUGAUGGAGUGACUCCUGUGGAGUCUUUACAAGAGCUGAAGCCUGAAGAGGAGACUGUCCCUGCUGAGAAAGAGGCUAUAAAGGAGGUAGCAGCCGAACCAGAACAGGCCGAAGUGACUGAAGACAAAGAUGAUGGAGUGACUCCUGUUACCAGCAAAAGCUGGAAAAAAGUGGAAUCUUUACAAGAGCUGAAGCCUGAAGAGGAGACUGAGAAAGAGGCUGAAAAGGAGACAGCAGCUGAACUAGAACAGGCUGAAGUGACUGAAGACAAAGAUGAUGGAGUGACUCCUGUUACCAGCAAACGCUGGAAAAAAGUGGAAUCUUUACAAGAGCUGAAGCCUGAAGAGGAGACUGAGAAAGAGGCUGUAAAGGAGGUAGCAGCUGAACUAGAACAGGCUGAAGUGACUGAAGACAAAGAUGAUGGAGUGACUCCUGUUACCAGCAAAUGCUGGAAAAAAGUGGAGUUUUUACAAGAGCUGAAGCCUGAAGAGUCUGCACCUCCACCUGUACCUGUGAAGGAAAAAGAUGAACCAAAACCUGCACCCAUAAAGGUGCAAGCUAAGCCAAAAUCUGAUGAAGAGAAACCUAAAGAAGAGCCCCUUAUGGAAAAGGCCAAGUCAGAACCUGAAAAGGUCAAAGCCAAGCCGGAAUCCAUAAAGGAGAAAGUCAAACCAGAACCUAUUCACCAUAAGGAAGAAGCUAAGGUAGAACCCAAGAAAGAGAAACCUAGGCCAGAAUCUCCAAAGGCCAAGGCUAAACUUGAGCCCACAGCAGAGAAGGCAAAGCCAGAACCGAAAAAGGAGAAAGCUAAGCCUGAACCUGUAAAGGAGAAAGCUGAGCCUAAGCCCAAAAAGGAAAAGCCUACGCCUGAACCUGAAAAGGAAAAGGCUAAGAAAAAAGCUGUAAAAGAAACGGCAAAACCAGAACCCACAAAGGAGGAGGUUAAGCCAGAAGUAAUAAAGGAGAGUGUUACAACAUCGGAAGAAAAGGCUAAGAAAGAAGCCGUGAAGGAGAAAACUGAGCCUGAACCAGCAAAGGAGAAAGCUAAAAUAGAACCCAAAGCAGUAAAAGAGAAGGCUAAGCCCAAACCAGCAAAAGGAAAGGAUAAGCCAGAGCCUGUGAAGGAGAAGGCUAAGCCCAAACCAGCAAAAGGGAAACUCCCCCCCCACCUGUAA